AUGAAUGUUGGUUCUAUAUUAAAUGAUGAUCCACCACAAAGUUCAAACGAAACUAAUCAAUCAAUAUCACCAACAACUUCAAAUAUAAAUGUAUCACCACAAGUCAAUCCAUCACCUCUCCCUCAACAAUCUAAUAAUAAUCAUUCAGCUCCAAUAGUAUCUUCUACAAGGUCAUCAACACAAUCAGUGCAUCAAAGGCAUUCAAUAACGAGUAUGUUGAAUGAUGCAGCACAAGAUCAAGAUACUUCACGACAUUCAUCAACUGAUAAAUUACCACAAGUACAACAACAACAACCUCAACAACAAGAUGAUCAAUUUAGAAAACCGAGUUUAUCAAGUAAUUUCAAUUCACCAAAUAUUUCAAAUAGACCAGUUCCAACACAUUUUCAUAGUGGUCAUUCAAGUUCUAUGUCUAGUCCUGUGACAUCAAAAAGGAAUAGUAUUGCUAAUAUAACGAACCCUGAACCAGAACCAAUAAUAAAAUCUGAAUCUGAUCAUAAAAGUUCCAAUGGACAUCAAGAAAUAUUAAAUCAUCAAUCACAACAGGAGUCAUCAAAAACUGAAAAGAAACAAACUAUUCCAGAAACGGAAGAAGAUGAUUUAACAAGAAUCCAAAAGAUAAAAAAAUCAAAUAAACCAAAAAGAUAUGAUACACCACCUAUAUGGGCUCAAAGAUGGAUACCACCAAAUCAACAAAAUAAAUAUAAUAAUCAACAUAUACAAGAAGGAGAACCAAUAAAUAAUAAUGGAGAAUCUUCUGUAAGACUAUCUUCUAAAUCAAUAUUAAAUCGUAAUUCAACUAGAUAUGUUGAUUUAAAAUGUAGUAUAACAGAUGUUAUACCACCAAAUUCAAUAACAAGAACAAUAUCUGAAUGGAUAUAUGCAAAUUUUUCAAAUAUUGAUGAUAAAAAUAGAAAAAAUGUUGAAUUAGAAUUAAAAUUUGGUAAAAUUAUUGAUAAAAGAACAGGAAAUAGAAUUAAUAUAAAUGUUAUAACAGAAUGUAUAUAUACUGAUCAAUCAAAUAUAAAAUUUGAUAUGGAAGUUGAAGAAUUAGCAUUUAAAGAUAUUAGAAAAUUUUUUGAUGAAUUAGAAAAAUCAUAUCAAGAAGAUAUAAAAAGAAAUGGAAGUCUGGAGUCGCAUCAUCAUCAUCAAAGAAGAAAAUUUAAUAUUUUAGAAAGUGAUAAAACUGAUUCAUUUUAUCAAAUUGGUUCAAAGGGAGAACAUUUAAGAAAAGUUCGAAUUUCAAAAGAUAAUUUAUUAGAUCCUCCAAGAUUCGAAGCUAUACAAAAGGAAAGAAUAGGAGAUUUAUAUAUUCAUAAUCCUCAAUCAAUGUAUGAUUUAAGAUUAUCAUUAUCAUUAGAAAUUCCAGUCCCAGAAGGAAAUAUAGAAUCCAUUCGAACAAAAAAUCAACCACAAUUAUCAAGAGAGAAAAAAAGAAUUUCUUUUACUCACCCUGCAACCAUAACUCAAUUUGAUUUAACUAAAGUUUUAAUCCCCAAGGAAUUUAAAAAUAAAAAUGGUAAAAAAAUUAUAAAUUAUGAUAUAAAAUAUGAAAUUGAAAUGGAAGCUGAUACUUUAGAAUUAUUUCAAAGUAUUGAUAAAAUAGUGCAAGGAAUUGAUAAUUUUAGAUUAGAAGAAUUAAUUGAAGUUUUCUUGAAUAAUGCUAGAAUUUUAAAUAAUAGAGUUACUAAAUUAGCUUUAUAA